AUGUUGAAAUUUCAUUUCUGGUCACGCCGCUUCGUUGCGGGAAUAUCGGCAUUACCUUCCUCAAUCAGCCUACAUUAUAUUCGAUUUUUGAAUGCUUUCAUUCGAACAGGUUUAGGAACAGGUUUGUACUGUCUUGUUCAUUUCUUAUUGGUAUUAAUUGUUGGAUGCGAAUAUCUCAUCCUAUUUCCAUAUGAGCAACAAGUACGGCCAUCAUUUCGCAUCCCUGUAUAUUAUGCUGUCGGUGCAUAUCUAAUUGUUUGCAUUCUAUUCCAUUAUCAAAAAGCAUGUUCAGUGGAUCCUGGACGACCAGAAUUUGCAACGCUUAUCAGCAGUACCAUAUUGUGCUCAGCAUUUAUCAUUGGCGCCCUGGCAUGGCUUGCUUUGUUCACUGAUACCAAAUCUUCUGAGCAGUUAUAUUUGUUUUGUUUAUGGACUCGCAGCGCUUUUAUUCAUCAUUCUUGGGAUGUUCGCAGCAUGGAACAUGUAUUUAAUCUCAAUUGGCGAAACAUUCGUUGA